CGAACUUGCAACAGGGUCCCCUCCCUCGUCGAUGAGGUCAGCUUUGCUGCAUACAACCACGAUCGGCACGCCACUCGCGUUAUGCGUCAGCGUUCCCGAGCCCAGAGGUAGAAUCGUGCUUCCGGAUAUUGACGAAGGAGCAGGGGUGGGAUCCGUGGCGGGCUCGGUAUAGUACUGCAAAUGUGCUUGCACUGGAGCAGAACCCCCAUGAGUUGAAGGCGUCUACGAACAAUAAUAGAACCAGCAACUCACGUCGCUCUCGACUCUCCUCGCGCACAAUCUCCAGUUCUCUCGAUUUAUCGCCCGUUGCCCAUUGCUCGACCCACUGUAACCAUGUCUCGAGUUCCUCCACGAAUGUCCAAGGACGCGUCCAGUCCAGCACGAUCAUCACGAGUGUAUUCGGGAGCGCUGUUCUUGGGGGGACGAAAUGUGGUAAGAGCGAUGUGUAUUCUGGUGCCGAAGAGGGCACGGUGUACACCGAAAGGCGCGCAAGAGUAUCUGCGAACGCGCUCGAUAUCACGCAGAGCGCCGCACAAAAUCCGGCUCACCCUCAUCCGCAUCGUCACGUACGUUGCUAAAGUCGUACCCGAUAGCAAAGUCCGUCGUAUGAUCGUCCUUCUCUUCCACGACCGGUUUCUGCAGCAAGCCCGCAGCUAUGGUGGAUUUGCCUGUGCGCGGCUGCCCUAAUAAGAGCACCUGCUUCGAGGGUAUAGCACGUGAGGAUGACACAGAGUCGAGGAUGGAGCCCCAUAGGUCUUGUGGCGGGGGCUCUGGUGUAUCCGGUCGUGAAUCCAUGGCGCGAAGUGGACGAGAUCAAAGAGAGUUGGUUGGGGUUAGGGUUGACGUAUCUUUUGGCGCAGCCCUCACCAGAUUCAAACCCAUAUAUCAUCAUGUCGACUCCGAAAGAGCCAGAAGACACUCCUGAGCCUCAGCGCGUACCGUCACCACCUCCACACACGACAUUCUCGACGCGCGGAAUCCUACCCCCGUCCUUCCCGACCUUCAAACCCCGGGAAUACCGCUUCAACAGCUCGCAUGCCAUGAACCACGUCGCCUGGAGCUGCGACGGCAAGCGCCUCGCAGCCGUGGGCAUCGACAAGGUCACGCGCGUUUGGGUCCCCGAAAAGGGCAUGGAGCAGAAACACGCGACUGUGUUCUCGGGCGGGCACCAGGACGAUGUGGACUACGUGUCCUGGAACCCCACACAUCCGGACCUGUUUUGCACCUCAAGCCAGAAAGAUCGUAGGAUCGUCUUCUGGGACGCGCGACAAAGUCGGUAUACGCAGUCUGUCCCGCUCAAGGUAUCGCCUAUGCUCACAAGCUACUCGCCCAACGGUCGCACGCUCCUCUACACGUCUGCUGGACAUAGUCUUUUCUUCCUCGAUCUCCUCAAGGAGGGAGAGGACAGCAAGGAGAUCUGGCGGCAGAAUCCAACGCAGCGCACCGUCGCGUCGUUUGCUUUGUGGAACCAUUCUGGAGAUGGGUUCGCCACGACGUAUUAUUCCGAGACCAGCCUGCGCAUCCUCGACUAUCCUUCUUUGACAAGAAAAGAGGAGCUGCCUGCUCAUCCGGGAGGCUGCAUGGCUCUUGCACUGGAUCCUCGAGGGCGAUAUCUCGCAUCUGGAGGCUUCGACUCGAUCGUCAACUUGUUUGACGUCGAAGAAUGGAUUUGCACUCACACGAUUACUGCUUGCGACCACAGGAUAAAUGGUAUCAGCUUCUCGCAUGACGGAGAGUACCUUGCUAUUGGCAGCGCAGGUUCUUAUGUCGAAAUCUGCGGAACAGAGACUGGGCUUUCGUUGCACCGCGUGCCAACAUCGGCACCUGCAACAGCGGUUACGUGGCAUCCUUCACGACACGCCCUAGCGUAUUGUGGGCAAACUCGGCCUCGCGAAGGCGGUCCUGCGCCAGUCGCUGUGCUUGGGCUGUUUGGGAUGCUGGAGUGAAAAGCGGAUAUCUCCUGGAAGCACCGGAUGAACGGCCGCCGGACUGCAGACAAGAUGCCGCUGAUGAACAGGGAUCACCGCUUGUGUGAAGGAGUGGCGAGAAGCCUCAGCUACGAUUAAAUUCCAUGUGUCGCCUGUAGAUCAUACUCUUCGUAGCAGGACUUGCGCGAAGAGUGCCCAUUUGGCUUAUGAAUGGUGCAAAAAGACCGGUCACAUCGAUGACAUGACUGAGUAAUCGCUCCGUUUCUCCUUCCUUGGGACCUCCUAUAAAACGCUCGCCACGAAAUCCACCGCGGCAACAUUAACAUUAUCAUGGCCACUCAACAAGCUGUCGUCAUCGAUGCACCCCAACAGCCCAUGGUUCUCAAAACCAUCCCCAAGGGCGAUCCCGGCAAGGGCGAGGUCCGCGUCAAGGUCCUCUCGACGGGCAUCGCGCCGCUCAGCGCAGGGCAGCGCGACUACAACAUCCUCGUCGAUAGCUAUCCCGCCGUCCUUGGGGGCGACAUCGCAGGCGUCGUCGACGCACUGGGCGAGGGCGUGACGGGUUUCGCGAUCGGCGACAAAGUCUGUGCGGGCACGCUCGGGUAUGGAUACCAGCAGUACGCGGUCCUGCCCGCGGGCACCUUGCUUCGUGUCCCCCAGGACUCGAAUCUGGAUGAUAUCGCGACAUAUCCGACUGGGUUUGCAGCUGCGUGCGUGGGGCUGUACGCGCCGAAUCCGAUAGGUCUCAACCUGAACCCUGAGCUUUCGUGGGAGCAACCGACGUACAGCGGCAAAUCUGCACUCGUCCUCGGGGGAUCGUCGGUUCUCGGGCAGUUCGCCAUCCAACUGCUCCGCUUCGUCGGAUUUACGCGGAUCGUGUCCUACGCAUCUGGGAAGCACUCGGAACUUCUCAAGGGGUUGGGUGCGACCGAGUGCGUCGACCGGACGACCGUGCCCAGCACUGACCUCAGCGGGCUGCUCGGCGCGACGUUCGACGUCGUGUACGACGCAUGCGGGUUGAUCGACGUAGCAUACGACUGCGCGCUCGACAAGGGCGGCGUCGUCACCGCACUGCCGAUGGUCCCCUUGACCCGCUCAGGCAAAAACAUCACGCUCGUCAAGGUCUUCGGCGUCUAUUACGGGCCGGACGUUUUCCCGUACAACACGUCGAAGAUCCCGGUCUACGCGGGGACAGCCGAGCACACCAAGUUCGGGAAGCAUGUUAUCGAGAACUUCUCGGCUUUGAUCAGCAAGGGUGUCCUGAAGGGCGUAAAAUACGAGAUACUUCCGGGUGGGCUGGCGAGUAUCCCCGAUGGUGUGGAGAGAGUGAAGAAAGGUGUCAGUGGCCUGAAGCUAGUAGCACAUCCUCACGAUGUAUAGUAGAUUCUAAUGUAUCAGUACCGAUCUUGAUGAGCAAGAUCCACGUGACCGCGAAACCUUGGCCGCUUAUAGCCAAUUACUGGGAGGUCAAUCCCAUGUCAAGUCGCAUACAGGUGUAACCCUACAUGGCCACGGACACGCACGGAAAUGUGAUUUCUUCGAGUAACUGGCCAACGGCUCAGGACCGGCUUUGAUCGAACAUGCGGCUCCAUAGUAGUGGGAUCGCACUUUCCAGAGUCGCCAGCUCUGUUCGCACCCGUAACCGCUGUCGUACGACUGACGGAGAGAUGUCAUUUCGAGCUGGAUCGCGCCGAUAUGCCUAGCGAUAGUUUGUCAUGUCAGAUCUAUCUGUGCACGAGUCGUUUCCAAGGUCUGGUCCCAGAUAGACCCAGUGGCGCUGGAAUAUGGAUCAGCCUCGAAGUCUAUCGCUGCCUGAGAUCACCUCACUGCAUGAUGCACCGGACUAGGGGUGGGACAACUAAUUUCGCCGUCACUAUAGACUGGAGAAUGAUUGACUGUGCAAGUGGAAGGAUUGUGUAGUUUCGAGCAGGGGCAGCAUACUCCAGGGAGGGAGACCAUGUCGCAAAUGAACAACGCACUUCGCAUCUCAUCGAUAGCUAAUAAUGACUUGCAUAACAACUGCUAUCAGUUCUUCCCCCGCCCCCCGCUGCCCAAUACACAAUGCCCAGGUGGCUCCCUGAGCAAACCUUUUCUCUUCCAGUGUCACAGUCAAAUUGCUGCAUGCGCCCUUUUAACGUGAGAAUGAUCGUUGGGUGUUUGGGCCGAACUCGGCGCCAAGUUCCAAGUAUUGGAUAACCAUGGCAGAGUGGAAUAAUCAGUGUUCUGAUCUGCUUCACGUGUGGGCACUGGGGAGCUCAAGAAAAAACCUGUUGGCAAGACAAAAUCUGCCCGAAAUAACCCGUGUGUGCCGAGGCGGUCAG